AUGCGGAUUACCUGCUGUGGGUUCUGUUUAACAUACUAUCUUGCCGAGGCCGCUGGUCACAAGCUAAGGGUUUUACAUCACGAUAAAGACCUUCCUGUUACAGCUAAACUUGUCUGUGGAGCUGUUGCUGGCGCUGUAGCACAGUCAGGAACGUAUCCCCUUGAUGUAGUUAGAAGGCGAAUGCAAAUGGAAGGGGCUGCACAAGGCUUGUUUAARUAUAAUUCUACUUGGGAUGCGUUUAAAGUCAUUGUACGAUCAGAAGGGUUUGUUGGACUAUAUAAAGGAAUGUGGCCCAACCUACUCAAGGUGGCACCAACCAUUGGCAUUCAGUUUGCCAUCUAUGAACUUAGUAAAUCAUUCCUAAUGUCUACAAUAGAGGACUGAACAAAAGAAUUCUAUCUUAGGUUUACAUUAUAUAUACUUUCUGGUAUAGUAGUUUCCUUCGCAUGUUUGAACCGUAAUUCUUCGUGGAGGCAAUAAACCAGUACCAGGAAAGGUUUCAGAAGGCAGUACUUUACAUUUCCCAUCCGAACUAACCGGCCAGACAGGUCCAUUUCAAAGUAAUUUUAAAAGACUAUUUGUCGGGAGUGUCAGUCCAUUACUUCCCAUUAGACCCACUGGGUCAAAUUAGUAUUUGAUUCUUUUGGCUUAUAGCAUUGAUGAGAGAGAUUGAUUUAGGUCUGGUCCGCUAGGUUUGACUAAUAUAUAUUGAGAAUGUCCUUAACUAGCAUUUUAUUGUUUAUUCUAAAUUUUCAGACGGGAAAAUAUAUGAUAUCUUAGGCUAAGUUAAACUUCUAGCUAUAAAGUGUAAUCUUGAGCCAAUAACUCAGAUGUAAAUGAUAUUAAAUUAUUAUUGAAAGAAUUAAUAACUUUUGCAAGUC